UUAAAACCAUUUAGUUAUAUUAUUCUUCAACAACUUUCCAUCACCACUUUUCGCAACAUGGAAAGCACCUAAGAUUGUGAGCUGUAUCACCCUUUCUAGUUUCUAAGCUUUCUUAUCACAAUGGGCAUUUUUAGAUUUCACUUUUAAAACCCUCUUCACCCCUUUUUUUCUUUUUAAUUUUUAUUCCCUCUUUCUUUGAUUUUUCCUAAACUCCCUCUUACUCCCUAACUUCUCCCCACUCAGUGCACUGAGAAACAUGGGAAGGGCUACAAGGUGGCUAAAGGGCUUGUUCGGGUUAAAGAACAGCAAAGACUACUCAAAUUCCAGUGACCGGAGAGACCAGAAAAAGUGUAGCAGUGGGCAUUCAGGGAGAGACGCUAGCGCUGCCUUGUGUCACAACCCUACAACAAUACCCCCCAACAUAUCACCAGCCGAAGCUGCCUGGCUAAGAUCAUACUAUAAUGAAACAGAGAAGGAGCAGAACAAGCACGCAAUUGCUGUGGCAGCCGCAACAGCAGCGGCUGCCGAUGCAGCAGUAGCCGCUGCUCAGGCUGCGGUGGCAGUGGUGAGGCUAACAAGUCAUGGCAGAGGGACCAUGUUCGGCGGUGGACGUGAGAGGUGGGCUGCUGUCAAGAUUCAAACUGUUUUUAGAGGUUAUCUGGCUAGAAAAGCUCUACGAGCUUUGAAAGGGUUAGUGAAGAUACAGGCGCUUGUUAGAGGAUAUUUAGUGCGGAAACAAGCCACAGCUACUCUCCAUAGCAUGCAGGCCCUGAUAAGAGCACAAGCUACCAUUAGGUCCCAGAAAGCUCGUGGACUUAUUAAUCAUGAUGCUAACAGAUUUGACAUCCGAGCACGAAAAUCUAUGGAGAGAUUUGAUGAUACAAGGAGUGAACAUACAGUUUCUUUCCAUAGCAGAAGAUUGUCAGCUUCUCUUGACACUGCAAUUAACAUCGAUGAAAGUCCCAAAAUUGUGGAGGUUGAUACAGGCAGGCCUAAAUCAAGAUCUCGCAGAACCAACACUUCUGUAUCAGAUUUCAGCGAUGACCCGCCUUAUCAAACGCUGUCUUCUCCGCUUCCGUCUCGAGUUCCAGCCCGUUUGUCCCUACCAGAUAGCCGCCAUUGUCAAGAAACUGAUUGGGGAUUAACUGGAGAUGAAUGCAGGUUCUCCACAGCACAAAGUACACCUCGUUUUAUCAAUUCUUGUGGGUCUAAUGCCCCGGUUACCCCCGCGAAGAGUGUCUGUGCUGAAAACCUUUUUAGACAUUACGGGAAUUUUCCAAAUUAUAUGGCCAGUACGCAGUCUUUUAAGGCUAAAUUGAGGUCACAUAGUGCUCCAAAGCAAAGGCCAGAGCCAGGUCCGAAAAAGCGCCUUUCCCUCAAUGAAAUGAUGGAAUCUAGAAGUAGUUUAAGUGGGGUUAGGAUGCAGAGAUCUUGCUCACAAGUUCAAGAAGCUAUUAAUUUCAAGAAUGCAGUGUUGGGGAAGCUUGAUAGAUCCUCAGAAUUCGGUAGAGAUCCUGAGAGAAACUAUUUGCAGAGAAGGUGGUGAUUAUGACGGCAAAGAAAGAAAAAUUGUAACAGAGGAGCUCUGCCUCUAUGACCCCCUCUUGUUUGCUAGUGAACAGAGAUAGGUGAUAAAACAAGAUAGAACGUGUGUAGAAUUUACGUGAUCUGAUUGAAAUUCCUGUCCAUCUGAUUCAAAUGUCAGUGUUAUGUGAAGGAAUUGGCCUUAUUGUCAAUGAAAUGAAAUUCCAAUUGUAGAAUUA